AUGAUAUUUCAAUAUAAAAUCCCAAGAAACAGAAUCAAACUUUAUUACAAUAACUUAAAAAAGGCUGUUGAAGAAAGAGAGCUACAAGAAUUCUAUAAUCAUGAAAAAAUUAUAGAAAUUGCAAACUCUUUUGGAAAAAAAAUUGAGCAAGUUUCAGAGAAUUGGAACCUUGAUAUGGAUAUAGCCAUUGAGCUUACUCGUCUUGCUCUUUACGAUAUCAUUAUUUUUGCUGAUGAUUCAGGCUCCAUGGUUCUUGAAGAAAAUGGACAACGUACUACCGAUCUAAAUAACGUUAUUUCUCAUACAGCAUAUAUUUCAUCUCUCUUUGAUGAUAAUGGUAUUGAGGUUCGCUUCAUAAAUAGCUCUAUCCAAGGUAAUAGUAUUCGCAAUGAAAACGAAGUAAAAAAACUUGUUUCCUCGGUAAAUUUCAAGGGUCUCACUCCCCUUGGCUCAAAUCUUAAAACAAAAGUACUCGAGCCUUUGGUCCUUAAACCUGCUCGUGAAAAAAAAUUGAAAAAACCAGUAUUGGUCAUUAUAAUCACUGACGGUGUCCCUACUGGUGAAAAUCCAUUAAUUCUUGAAAAAACUAUUAAAAAUGCUAAAUCAGAUCUUUCUAAAACAAAAUAUGGCUCUGGUGCUCUUGGUUUACAGUUUGCACAGGUAGGUAAUGAUAUACCUGCACGCGAUUUUUUGGCCAAGCUGGAUGUUGAUCCAGAAGUGGGAGGUAUGGUAGAUUGCACAUCUAAUUAUGAAAUUGAAAAGGAGGAAAUGGAAAGUUUAGGUACUGAACUUACCUAUGAAACUUGGCUAGUUAAGAUGUUUCUUGGUGCCAUUGAUCCCAAAUACGAUGAAAUGGACGAGUGA